GCUGGAGAUCCGCUGUGUUCGUUUCGCCCGAGCCACCUUCCUGCUCUUCCCUUUUUAAAUUAUUUUUAUUAUUAUUAUUUUGCUUUUGGGGAUUUCUCCCUGGAGUUCAUUCCGGUUGGACCUGCUGUGCUGCUGCUGGACUGCUUUCUCUGAUCUGCAGCUGUUGAAUCACCAACUGCUUCUGAAAUGGCAGAGAAGAAGCUGGACAGCUUCGGACGGAGGUGGAUGGUGGUGCUCGUGCUUCUGUGCAAUCUAACAACGUUUCUGGUAAAAGCAAGCGUAGACCAUAAUGAAACCCAGCAGCAGCAUACAACAAAUGUCUACCAUAACAUGGGAGUCACCAGGAACAAGAUAGUAACAGCACAGUUUGAGUGCUAUCAAAAGAUAAUGAAAGACAAUCCCCUCAGCAGACAAGAGCCCAUGUGUAAUCGCACUUGGGAUGGCUGGCUGUGCUGGGAUGACACUAAAGCAGGAGUUACAUCAGAGCAGCACUGCCCGGACUACUUCCAGGAUUUUGAUCCUUCAGAAAUUGUCACAAAGAUUUGCUCUGACAGUGGACACUGGUUUCUGCAUCCUGAGAGCAACCGGACAUGGACCAAUUACACCCGCUGCAAUGAGCACACUAAUAUGGGCAGAAUGACCGCAAUGAAUCUUUUCUACUUAGCCCUCAUAGGACAUGGACUGUCGCUGACCUCCCUCUUCGUCUCCCUUGCUAUAUUCUUCCAUUUCAAAAGUUUGAGUUGCCAAAGGAUCACCCUUCACAAAAACCUCUUCUUCUCAUUUGUUCUCAAUUCUGUGAUCACCAUUAUUUGGCUGACUGCAGUGGCAAACAACCAGGAGCUGGUGCAGAGGAACCCAACGAGCUGUAAAGUGUCCCAAUUUAUUCAUCUGUACCUAUUUGGCUGUAAUUACUUCUGGAUGCUGUGUGAGGGAAUUUAUCUGCACACGCUCAUCGUGGUGGCUGUGUUUGCAGAGAAGCAGCACCUAAUGUGGUACUACCUCCUGGGUUGGGGCUUUCCUCUUAUUCCGGCUUCCAUACACGCCAUUGCUCGGAGUUAUUAUUACAACGACAACUGUUGGCUUAGCUCCAACACAUCGCUACUCUACAUCAUCCAUGGUCCCAUAUGUGCUGCUCUUUUGGUCAAUUUGUUUUUUCUUCUAAAUAUCGUGCGAGUUCUCAUCACCAAACUGAAGGUGACCCAUCAAGCAGAGUCCAGUCUCUACAUGAAGGCAGUGCGAGCUACCCUCAUCCUGGUACCUCUUCUAGGAAUUCAGUUUGUCCUACUUCCCUACAAGCCCGAAGGACGGGUCUUCUCAGAGAUAUAUGACUACAUCAUGCACAUACUAAUGCACUACCAGGGUCUGCUCGUGGCCACAAUCUUCUGCUUUUUCAAUGGAGAAGUCCAAGCAGUGUUGCGACGCCAUUGGAACCAGUAUCAUAUUCAGUUUGGCAACAGCAUAGGAAACCACUCAGAUGCCCUGCGCUCAGCCUCCUACACGGCCUCCUCCAUCACCGAGGUGCAGGGCUGCUACACCAUUGACAGUCACACAGAACACAUGAAUGGCAAGGGCUUCCACGACACAGAUGUUGCCAUCUUUAAGUCAGACAGCCCCUUCGCCUGACCUCAACACUCUUCUCAAACUCAUCCAUCCUUAAGAUCUGCAGCAUGUUUAGGUCUCCGUGGCAAGUAGGAAAACUCGCCUCUUCCUGCAGAUACAAUGUCAGAGGAAACAAGUGGGAAGAAGGAUUGUACACACGGACUCUCACCCACCAACAGGAAAUGAACACUUCUCUGUCAUAUUAACACAGGCCCUUUAACAAUACUGCAAGGUGAGCUUGGUACAACCAUUCCUGCACUGUGUUUUGUCUACAGUUUGCAACUGAGCUGCUUCAUUUGGACUAUGACGCAUUCUGAUAAUCUCAAUAUUUUUGCAAUCUUUCUGCCAAAAAAAAUGUGUUGACUGGAUGAAUGGUGACUGUUUGUUUCUCCCUUUGGCAUCAGGUUGUGCACGAAAAGCAUCUGAUUACACUGUAAAUUCUUCUGACACAGUGCCAAACUAUGAAAUCUACCAUUUUGAAUUAUUAUAUAUUUCAACAAAGAAUAAAAAUGGACGUAGGGACAUCAAACAGGUGCAUUUAAAUAUAUCAAAGUGCUAUUAUACUGUCUAUUUCAAAUGUUAAUUUAUCUAAACACAUUAUUUUUUAUUAAAUAGAAACUGAAUAAAUACCAAACAGUAUUUAUUGAAGACAACUUGCUACUUUUUCCUCAGAUGUUGACAAUUAAGUUCUGACAUGACUUCAUGCCAGCUAUACAUUAACUUUAAAACCACUCUUGUUUUUUUUUCUUUGUUUGUAUGUGCACAGUCAAUACAAGUUAACACAAACACAUUUUUUAGAGAUAUAGAUUUGGUCGUGCUAAUGAUUGGGCUAAAGCCUGAAAUAACUCGCUAGUGCCGUUUUUGUUUGUUAGUUUUUUUUUUUAUGAAAUCAGGAAUUUACACAUCCUUUUGUAUCUGCUCAUUACACUUGAAUGUACAAGUUAAAUUUAAAGAGCUAAUUCUAUUGAACAUUAGCACAUCACAUUCCCUUUCACUGCCGUCUUCAUCCUCAUUCUUCCUGAAUACAUACUGUAGAUAUUACUGAGCUGUGAGCAUCGCUAAGUAUAAAGACUGAGAGCAGCAUAGUGUUGUGAAGAUCCCGAUCAGAGGAUAUGAUUAUACUAAGCAGGUAUUGUUUUAGUGAUUUUUAGAAUUUUUAAGUGUAUAUUAGUACAAUACUCACAAGUAAGCAUUAAUACUUCCGUCUGCUUUUUAAGAGGAUAGUUUACAGUCCUUGUUUGGGAGUAAAUUACUACUUUGAUCACAAUUUAAAGGGUUUGAUGGCUAAUGAGUCAGUGUUUACCAAUAUCAAAAUUUCUGUCAUAAAAACGAUUUUCAAUUCAAAUCAAUUCAGGAUCCAUCAAUCAAUAUAUCACAUGCUGAUUUAACAAAAUCACUCCUGUUCAUAUCAAAUCACAAAAAGCAACUAAAAUAUCAAAAUCUACUUUUCUUUCCGAGACAAUUUGAUGACAAUAUAUAUUUUGUUUUUUUACAAAAAGAGACUCUACCGUUUCUGGAUAUUGAGCUUUAAAACAUUCACAUCAUGUAAAAGAAAUGAACUGUUUAUUGACAUUAAAGCAGGAUAUCGUGUAAACAUUACUCCUAUUUAGAGUCUCACACCAAAUAUUGCUGGAGCUUAGUUAUGUAAAUUCAGGCCACCAAAGCCUCAUAGAGGAACGGCCACUUUCAACUGUCUUUAGCUGGAUAGUCAAAAUACAAAAGAAUCCUUUAAGGCCAGUAAGGUAGACAAAUUACCGUGAAUAUUUUUUACAUUCAAAAAAGAAUGGGAACAGAAAAUUAGCUGCAUCAGUAAAAUCCUCCUUCCAUCCCUCCAUCAUCUAUACCGCUUUGUCCAGUGAAGAGUCGCGGCGAAGCUGGAGCUUACCCAGCUGGGUGCACCCUGAACAGGCCACCAGUUCAGUAAAAUCCCCAUGUAGCGUAUUCAAAACAAGUUCGCUUAAGAUUCCACUAUUAAAGGGAGUGUCAGCCAGGGAUGUUUAACUCUCUUUUAUUAGUUUAAUAUAUCAAAGAAAAUCAUAUUUAUCCUUUCAUGUGUUGAAUAUACAUGUUUAUAUUUAUUAGUUUGUGCUGCACUUCUCCAGAAAUUAAAAAGUGGAUGCAUCAGUUGUUUUUAGAUGCAUUCUUUAUUAUUUUAUCCAGCAAUGGGCUAUAGUUGGGAAAACAAGCAAUUCAGUUUAAACCUGAUAAUAAGAAAAAUUACAAUAUUCGUUGCAAUAUUUCCCUUGAAAAGAAAACUCUAAACAAAAAUGCUUCCUGAGCUGCAUGAUUUUAACAGAUUCAUUGCUGUUUCACAUAUUCAUAUCCCACACAGCCCUCCGCUUUGUUUUAUAGCAUUUUGUUUUAUCACAUUGUCCAUAAUGCUGGGAACAGGAGUAACAAUCAGCUGAUGUAAAUAUUUUUUUGUAAAUCUAACUUCUCUUAACAGAAAAGUUGUGAUGUGAGAGUUUAUGUGCAUGAUUUAUGUAUACAGUAUUUAUAGGUAUGCUAUACUAUGGAGCAUUCAACCACUACUUCAGUGUUUUAGAAGGCGUGAGGUUCUGAAUCAGGAUUUCUACUCUACAGUCAUUUCUCAACAUGCUGCUGUAUCUGUCUGCCCUCAUGACCUCUCAUCGCCUCUUAUUGAUUGUGUCAGCUUGCUUACUGGUAUCAAUUUGCCUCAGAUGUUGGAAUUUAGAGGGAAUGAGAAGUUGGCCAUGCUCAAAUUGCUAUUAUUUGUCACACAUUAUUAUAUUGCGCUUUUUUGUGCCAUGUAACUCCCUCUUAACUGUCCAGUUGAGGCUUAUUUUUUUGGUGAAACUCUAAAAUGACUUUUUCCAAUUUGUUAUGGAACACACCAUUUACUUUGCCUGUUAAAAAUCAGGAGGUGAAUGAUCUCAAAUGUGUCCAAAGAAACCAUCCUCCAACAAAUUGUCAGUGGCAUGUCUAUAACUGGCUGUUAGUUCAUCAGAUUCAAUGUCCUUAAUACAACUGUGAUAAUGCAACAGGAAGAAACAUAUUUUGAUGGUAACCGAAAUCUAAAGGCAGUGGGUUCAAAUCAGACAUGUGAGUAUACAGUGUGCAAUCAGCCUGCAUUUUCCAACACUUCGUGUCUUUUUAUAACACACAUGACGGACACUUUCUCCUCUUUAAUGUACGACCUGCAUUUAUGAUCGUCACAGUACUGAUUUCAUUAUGAUGCUCAUUUGCAAUGACAGAAUUAUGACUCUUCAUCGAAAGUCAUGUAUUGUUUAUGAAGCUAAAGUCAUUUCAUCAAAACCUGUGGAAAAGCCAGAUACUUUUGGCGAGUGGAGUGUAUCCUUUGUAUCAUUCUUGUUGUGUAUUCAUGUGUUCAAUGUUUUCUUUUGACUCUUCCGAGAGUUUGUGACAAAAUGUUGAAAAUUAUAACAAAAGCAUUGAGGAAAUCGUCUGUAGUUUUUGUUUAUACUCUACUGUAUCUAACUUUGAUAGUCUUGACACAUUGACUCCACACUGUUUUUAGAAUGUAAAUGGUUUUGUUUUAGUUCUCUGGAUGUGAAGAGAAUAUAUAUAUAUAUAUAUAUAUAUACA